AUGCAGCAGCUGGACCAGGUCAAUGACCUCCCACAACAGGUCGUAACACCGAUGCAGCCGCUGAACGAGGUCAAAGACCUCCCACAACAGGUCAUGUCGCCAAGCGGUGAAGAAGACGAUUCCGACGCCAACGACCUGCUGAAGCAAAUACACCAGAUGCGGGCUCGCAUCAGCACACUGGAGCAGGAGAAUCGCGAACUUUCGAGCAGGUGCAGGAUCCAGAAAGAAGAGCUGGAGAGCAUCACACGGACCAACGAGCGGAGCGAGGAGCUGAACGGUCUCAUAGAUCGUCUCUCCGCUCACGAGAAGAAAUUGUCGUCGUGCACCGACAAGGUCGGAGAGACUGCAACAGGCUUUGAGGCCUCCACGGAGAAAAUCUCCAACCAAUUGACAGAGCAUGCUUCGGCUAUGAAGCAGACUUGCCAGAAGCUCGCCACCUCCGCCCAAGAAUCGUCAUCCGAGAUGACAAAGGUGUCUGAGCAGUCAAAGCAAGUGCAAGGCACUUUGACUUCAUAUGCUUCUGACGUGAAGUCAUGCUCUGAGAAGUUCCAAGCAGAGGCAACUUCAGCCACGACGAUCCUGGCGACACUCAACCAUGAGACCGUCUCCAAAGCGAACGAUACCAUCGGCAAUGCCACUGAUGCUUGCUCAGAUGCAAUUGUCGACAUCAAGAAGUUGAAGAUGAAACUCGACAAUUUUAGCGCAAAGAUCACGGACACCGAUUCCGACGUCUCGGUGUGCCAAGAUUUCGUCAAGAGCCUCUCAUCUUCGAUAGAUACUUGCUCGAGAAGACUGGACAAAGUGUCCUCUGUGCCUUCAAGCGGCACAAAGUGCCAGCCACACAAGACCGCCCAGCAAGGUGGUGUCCCAGGCGGCUCGUUCCAGCGACCCAGUCCAAUCUCCGACAUCAGCCAUAUAGGCUCCAUGGACUCUACCGGCGUCAUCGAAGUGGAAGAUUCGUCUCAAGCGACUACGCUCAUGCCCUCUUCGUCCUUCCUCCCUCAAGAGUCUCAGCAGAUAUCCCACGCUGCCACCCGACAGUCCAAGAGCCGAGCACCUCGGCGAUCCACUCGAGACGACUCCAUCGUAGAGUCCAGUGGAGGUAGUCGGCGUGGUAAACGCAAGGAUGUGGUGCCAGAUGACGAAGAUGACCUCGAGCAGCCUGUUGCGAAGAAGCCGAGAGCGGAGAAAGUCUCCAACGAGAGAGAUACCGACAGCUUAUUGCCAGACGUCAUCGUCAACGACGAUAUAUCAUACCCGGACCUGAAUGCAGAGUUGCAGGUCAAGCUCAAGGAGACGCUUUCGAAGCUCGAGAAAAAUAAAGGCACCAAUUGGCCCUGGUUUACUCCUCUGCCACAAAGCGGGAAGACUGACAACAAGGACUGCGUGUACAUCAAAUGCCAAAAAGUCAAGAUAGUACAGGUUUGGGACCAACAGAAAGCUUGCCCAAGCUGCAUCAGUGCUCGACGGGCAUGUGUUCUCAUGACCUCCCACACUGAGGUCGACGAUCGCCAUCUCAACAACAUGCGUCUCCUCCCGCUGCCAUCGGCAGACAGAUCCAAUGGGUCGACACCAUCGAGCCUGGGCUACUACGUGAAGGAGAAUUGA